AUGGCAUUAAGUGCCAUGGUUGGAGUGGACCUCAAGCCAUUUUAUUUUUUACUUUUUCAAUGUUUUUUAUUAAAAUUCAACGUCAGCACAUUGUUCUCCAUUGGGAUUUCUUAUUUCUUUCGUUAUUUUGGUUUGCAUCUGGGUUUGGGUAAAUGGCUGCAAUGCUGGCAAUGUGGCAAUGGAAAUCUAAAUAGAAAGUUGCAUCUUCGCAUUGCCAAGCGGGGCAAACUAGCGCUGAUGACUUUUACAACCACGCCAACUGCAAAAUCAACAACAACAAUAAAUGGCGACGAACCAGCUUCUAAAUAAGGUUUUAUACACCGUGCAUAAAUUAGUAGAAAAGGAAUGGACAAAACGUAUACAGAUUUGUGUUGACCUGGCCGGUGAGCCAAAGCCAAAGCUCGAAAUUUUCUUGUUAUAUAAGGAAUCUCAGUGCUCAAUGCAGUUUCCGUUAGUGGCACAAAGUCUGCUGAAGAAAAAUGUUGAGUGAAUAUUUUGGUCCUUUUCCAAAUAAAAACAAGAAAAGAAC